CACACUUGAUGCACACUUGAUGCACACUUGAUGCACACUUGAUGCACACUUGAUGCACACUUGAUGCACACUUGAUGCACACUUGAUGCCGACGUGAUUGCGAGCUCGCAGCGUGAAGACAGAAGAUGACCGGAAAGAAGUGGGGAUACGGGAAAGAAGACGGUCCUCCAGUGUGGCACAAAAACUACCCGGUGGCCGAGGGGAGUCGGCAGUCUCCUAUUGAUAUCGUCCCUCAUCAGGCUUCCCAUGACCCCAGCCUGGGACCCCUUCUCCUCAACUAUGAUCACUGCUCCUCCAUAAACAUCUCCAACAAUGGACACUCUGCCGUGGUCACCUUCGACGACUCGGACGACCGUUCAGUGAUCCAGGGAGGCCCUCUGGAAACCCCUUACAGACUAAAACAGUUUCACUUCCACUGGGGAGGGAAAGGCUGUGAUGGCUCCGAGCACACUGUGGCAGGGAACAGCUACGCCUCAGAGCUUCAUUUGGUUCACUGGAACGCAGCGAAGUACAACACAUUCGAGGAGGCGGCGGCGAAUGAAGACGGACUUGCUGUCCUGGGCAUCUUUUUGGAUACCGGGGAUGAACACCGAUGGCUCCACACCAUAACAGAUGCUCUCUACAUGGUCAAGUUUAAGGGGACUGGCGUGGAUUUCAAAAGUUUCAACCCCAAGUGCCUCCUACCCAGCAGCCUGCACUACUGGACCUACCUGGGAUCACUGACCACGCCCCCACUUCACGAGAGUGUCACCUGGAUCGUCCUGAAGGAGCCGAUCACCGUGUCAGAAAAACAACUGGGCAAGUUCCGAAUGCUUUUGUUCAGCGGAGAAGAAGAGGACCACAGGAUGCGCAUGGAAAACAACUACCGGACUCCUCAACCCCUGAAGGACAGGAAAGUGCGAUCGUCAAAUUGACGGAUUUGCCAAGAAUCCUGUGACAUGACGCUCUUGGAGACGACGGAGCGAAUGCAACAAUGUGAGAAUAUUUUCAUCUCAGGGCAAGUUGUCUGAGGGACAAUAAAACAUGCAUGAUUUGUUUAAUUGUUGAAGCUUUGACGCCGAAACAGAAGUGUUGGUUUGAAAAAUAAACUGUAUUGG